UUUCUCUGACAUUUUACUUUUUUGAGGUUAUGUUCAUGUUGACAUGUGGUGAAAACACACAUUGUUUUUGAGUUGAAAAUAUCUUUAUAACAUUAAUAAACGUUUGAAUUAAUUGCAAACAAAAUGGUAGCGAUAAAGCAAAAAGCAGCCAAGAAUAUUAAACCAACAAACAAAGUACAAAAAAUUAAGAAAAAACAAAAACCGGUGAAGAAACUUGUGUCUCCAAUAAAGACCAACAAUGAGAAAGAAGUCUCUAUAAUAAGUAAAAAGAAGAAAAAUCCUCCAAAAAGUAAAGGUAAUAAGGCUCCUAUAAUAAGCAAAGAAAACAAAGGUCCUAUAAGCAGCGAAAAGAAGAAACUUCCUGCAACAAGUAAACAGAACAAAGCUCCUGUAAUAACCAAAAAGAGGAAACUUCCCACAAUUAGCAAAGAGGAGGUGGUCUCUGGAAUAAAUGAGGCAAAGGAAGUAAAAAAAAGGGCGAAAUACAUAAUGCCUACAAAGAGUGUUACUGAUGAUGUUGUGAACUCAUGUCUGAAUGCAUUGCAGCAACUGGCUAUACAACAUAAGAAGAAAAACACCAUACUCAACGAUGAUACACCUAUUUUCGCUGAAAUUCACUGUAUGAAAAUUCAGAGCACUAAAGGGAAUAUUAAAUUUGUACUACCGCAUAGUACCUUUGCAUCAACAGGUGAAAUAUGUCUCAUUACACCAGAUUUGAAGAAAGGGAGAAAGAUAGAUCAUGAACCGACAGUUGACCACUGGGAAGAGCUGUUGAGAAAAGAAGGAGUCACUUCAGUGAAAACAGUUCUACCAUUGAGGCAACUGAAAGUGGAGUAUGAUCAGUUUGAAUUAAAGCGCAGGCUAUUAACUCAACACGACUUCAUUAUGGUUGAUACAAGAGUUCUGAACCAUGCAUCUCACAUCUUAGGCAAAAUGUUCUUCAAAAAACAUAACAUGCUAAUCCCAGUCAGAUUGGAAAAUAAAAAGCUAAAGGACGCAAUUGAUGUUGGCUUAAGGACUUCUGUUCUCCGUUUAAAUGAAGGAGAGACAUCCACAAUUAUUGUUGGUCAUACUAGCAUGCCGCAGGAGAAGGUCAAAGAGAAUGUAUUGUCCUUAAUAGAUCAAAUACGUACGAAAUACCCAGGAGGUGAACCAAACAUUAGGUCUAUAUGCCUGAAACUUCCACUGAGUUUAUCUUUACCACUAUAUAUGACAUUACGUCCAUCCAACACAGUGAAUCCACCUAAGAUGAGAAAGAGGAAACCUAAUAACUUCAAGGUGUUGGAAGAUGAUCUUUCAACACAGCCUGGACACAAGGUGAAGGUGGGACCUGACGGCACUGUGCACUUGGUCAAGAGUAAAGAUAUGGAUACUACUAACAAUGAGAGUGAGGAUGAUAAUGCAAUUGAAGAAAAUGAUGAGAAGCCAGAAGAAGGAGAAGGAAUGGACUCAGAUUGAUUUGUUGAGGAAAUAAAAUUAAUAGUAAUAA